UGUUCUCCUGAGCUCUCACCUCUGAUAUAAGCCUGGAAGAAGAGUAAAUGAGACAGAAUAACACUAUUACAGAAUUUGUCCUACUUGGCUUUUCUCAGGAUCCUGGUGUGCAAAAGGCAUUAUUUGUCACAUUUUUACUCACAUACUUCAUGACAAUGGUGGGGAACCUACUCAUUGUGGUGACUAUUAUUUCCAGCCCUUCCUUGGGCUCCCCAAUGUACUUCCUCCUUGCCUGCCUGUCACUUAUAGAUGCUGUAUAUUCCACUACCAUUUCUCCUAAGUUGAUUGUGGACUUAUUCUGUGACAAAAAGACUAUUUCCUUCCCAGCUUGCAUGGGCCAGCUAUUUAUAGGCCACUUGUUUGGUGGUGCUGAGAUCUUCCUUCUGGUGGUGAUGGCCUAUGAUUGCUAUGUGGCCAUCUGUAAGCCACUGCACUAUUUGACCAUCAUGAAUCGACAGGUUUGCAUCCUUCUGUUGAUGGCGGCUGUGGCUGGAGGUUUUGUGCAUUCUGUGUUUCAAAUUGUUGUUGUGUACAGUCUCCCUUUCUGUAGCCCCAAUGUCAUUGACCACUUUGUCUGUGAUAUGUACCCAUUAUUGGAACUGGCGUGCACUGACACCUACUUUAUAGGCCUCACUGUUGUUGUCAAUGGUGGAGCAAUGUGUAUGGCCAUCUUCAUCAUUCUAUUAAUAUCCUAUGGAAUCAUCCUAAACUCUCUUAAAACUUACAGUCAGGAAGGGAGGCGUAAAGCCCUGUCUACCUGCAGCUCCCACAUCACCGUGGUUGUCCUCUUUUUUGUUCCCUGUAUUUUCAUGUAUGUUAGACCUGUUUCAACCUUUCCUAUUGAUAAACUCAUGACUGUUUUUUAUACAGUUAUCACACCCAUGUUGAAUCCUUUAAUAUACACGCUGAGAAAUUCAGAGAUGAGAAAUGCUAUAGAAAAACUCUUGGGUAAAAAGUUAACUAUAUUUAGAAUAAGAGUGUCCCUCCUCGUGUAGAUAAGGAGGUAUGUAGUCAAGGUCUUCCCAGUCAAGUUUUCAGAUUUCUAAGGGCAUGUCAAGC